CUGUUAGUCGCCCACUGGGAUGGGGAGAUCGCUUUGUCCUGUUGCUGUCUAGCGGUGGAAUAUAAAUCAUGAUGGCUGAUGGAUGUUGCAGAGGGAUGGAAAGAGGCAGGGGUAAGAUUGCAUCAGAUUCUAUACCAAGACCCACAUAUCCACAGCAAUAUGUCCAGACCGGGUCCCAGCAGCAGCAGCAGCAGCAGCAGCAGCAGGGCAAUGACAUCCAGGAGUUAGCCUCCAAACGCGUCGACAUCCAGAAGAAGCGCUUCUACCUGGAUGUGAAGCAGAGCGUGCGCGGCCGCUUCCUGAAAAUCGCCGAGGUGUGGAUCGGACGAGGCCGCCACGACAACAUCAGGAAGAGCAAGCUGACGCUGUCCAUGUCCAUGGCCCCCGCGCUGCGCUACUGCCUGGGGGACUUCAUAGAUUACUACGCGCGCAUCGGACUGCGGGGGGGCCUCGCGCCUCCGCAGCUCGAGGAGCACGGCGGAGGCAGCAACGGGCAGGGCCGCGCGCACGACCCCCGCAGGAGGGCGACGGAGCAGCGCGCGGCCCCGUCCCCCGGCUCCGCGGUGUCCGACGACCAUGCCCACCGCGUCCUCAAGAGCGAAUUCAUCGAGAGAGACAACAGGAAGUACUUCCUGGACCUGAAGGAGAACCAGAGAGGCCGGUUCCUCCGCAUACGGCAGACCGUCAGCAAGGGGCACGGAACCAUGGGCUACUACGGCCAGGGCAUCGAGCAGACGAUAGUGCUGCCGGCGCAGGGGCUCAUCGAGUUCAGGGACGCGCUGUCGCAGCUCAUCGAAGACUACGGCGACGAUGACAGCGACGACCGCGGCCGGAGCGGGUCCAGGAACCACGACGACAGCCCCGAGCUCCCGGAGGCCGCGUCUUUUCGCGUGGACAACAAGAGGUUUUACUUCGACGUGGGCUCCAACCGGUACGGUGUCUUUUUAAAGAUCAGCGAGGUGCGGCAGCCGUACAGGAACACCAUCACGGUUCCCCUGAAAGCCUGGUCCCGGUUCGGAGAGAACUUCAUCCGGUACGAAGAGGAGAUGCGACGGAUUUUCUCCUGUCACAAAGAGAAGAGGACGGAGGCGCGUCAGGACAGCGAGGAGCAGGAGGACUGACCUUGGCAGUAGGCUCGCUUUUUGCAUGUAUUCUAGGGACUGUGCUGAUGAGAUCCUCCCCGUGAGACUGCGUGUCCCUGCGGCAGCCUCCUGCACUAGACGCAGUGUCCACCUUCCACCAAGGGCUGGUAAACCACAAAUGUAA